AAUAAUUUUAUGGUUGGGUCACAACAUGAGGAACUGUAUUUAAAGGGCCAGAAGGUUGAGAACCACUGCUUUACAUGAUGUUUAGACUGAUUUCAUUAUGAGAGAUAGUAGCAUGUAGCACGCAUUCCUGAUUUCAUUUCUCUGGGUUCUAAAUUUAAUUUAUUGUGUAGCUAAUGCUUUUAUAAUUUAGUUGCAGAAGCGAAAUAUAAAUUCAUUCAGUCCUCUGAAUUAUCCAUCGAUUGAUAAUCUGACAAAAUGUAAGGAAUAAUAAGUAUAUUGAUUAAUUUUACAUUUGGAGAGAAUUGGUACAAAGCUAAGGAAAAAGGUUUUGGAAGUGCCAUAGGGCAACAGUAACGAAUUUUAAUUUAAUUCUAUUUAAAUUUCAAAUUUUAGAAAGUAUUAUUUUAGAUUAUAAAAGCUACAGAACAUAUUCAGUAUGGAAAUUUAAAAAAAAAAACUACGAAAAACAAGACUUGAGAUAACCCAGGAGAAUUAAAAAAGUAGAGAACUUCAUGAAGAUUUGAGAUGUUAUGACUCCUUUGGGGGCCACAUGCCUAAUGUUUGACAUCUUAUUUAAAGAGGUAGAUUGUAAACCCUGCAGAAAUAGGUACUGAUGGCUGUUCUCCACUUCCCAGCACUUAUUAUACUGUCUAGUAUAGAAUUGUUCCUUCAUCUGAUAUGCACAGAAAAUGUUUUUGUGGGAGAGGUCAUUAAGUUUACAUUAGCCUUUCAGUGAACCUGUGGUGACCUUAUAAAAGGAUUAGAAAUAGGGAGGAGGAAAACUGAGUGAAAAGUAGAACAGAGAAGAGGAAGUAAAGAGAUUUUCUUGUGAGACCUUCUAGUAGAGAAAGUUCUUGGGACAAAGUUCUUGAUCCAGGCAUAAAGGAAAGAAAAGCUUUGCCAUACAUUGAAGAAGGGACGGGGAUCUCUCCUCCUAAUCUGGGCCUCCUGUCAUGGAUGAAGAGACUCGGCACAGCCUUGAGUGCAUCCAGGCCAAUCAGAUCUUUCCCAGGAAGCAGCUGAUCCGGGAGGAUGAGAAUCUUCAGGUUCCUUUCCUUGAACUUCAUGGAGAAAGCACAGAGUAUGUGGGCCGUGCUGAGGAUGCCAUCAUUGCCCUUUCUAAUUACAGACUUCAUAUCAAGUUCAAGGAGUCUCUUGUUAAUGUUCCAUUACAGCUGAUAGAAAGUGUUGAAUGUCGAGACAUAUUUCAGCUUCAUUUGACUUGCAAAGAUUGCAAAGUUAUCAGGUGUCAGUUUUCAACUUUUGAGCAAUGUCAAGAGUGGCUUAAGAGACUGAACAAUGCAAUCCGGCCACCUGCUAAAAUAGAAGAUCUCUUCUCAUUUGCAUACCAUGCUUGGUGCAUGGAGGUUUAUGCCAGUGAAAAAGAGCAACAUGGAGACCUGUGCAGACCAGGGGAACAUGUAACAUCAAGGUUUAAAAAUGAAGUGGAGCGGAUGGGUUUUGAUAUGAUCAAUGCCUGGAGGAUUUCCAACAUCAAUGAGAAGUACAAGCUGUGUGGUAGCUAUCCUCAGGAACUCAUAGUGCCUGCCUGGAUCACUGACAAAGAACUGGAAAGUGUAGCAGGCUUCAGGUCCUGGAAGCGCAUCCCUGCUGUCAUCUACAGGCACCAGAGCAAUGGAGCUGUCAUUGCCCGCUGCGGGCAGCCGGAGGUCAGCUGGUGGGGCUGGCGAAAUGCUGAUGAUGAGCACCUGGUGCAGUCAGUAGCCAAAGCUUGUGCCUCCAACUCCCGAUCGAGUGGCAGCAAGCUGUCAACUAGGAGCAGUUCUCGAGACUUUCCCAAUGCAGGAGACCUUUCUGAUGUGGAGUUUGAUUCUUCUCUGUCACAUGCUUCAGGAGCAGAGAGUUUAGCCAUCCAACCUCAGAAGCUUUUGAUUUUGGAUGCACGUUCCUAUGCUGCAGCUGUUGCAAACAGAGCCAAAGGAGGAGGCUGUGAAUGCCCAGAGUAUUACCCCAAUUGUGAAGUUGUGUUUAUGGGGAUGGCAAAUAUUCAUUCAAUCCGGAGGAGUUUUCAGUCUCUGCGGUUGCUGUGCACACAGAUGCCAGAUCCGGGAAAUUGGCUCUCAGCUCUUGAAAGUACAAAAUGGCUCCAUCACCUGUCUGUGCUUUUGAAGUCGGCACUUUUGGUAGUGCAUGCUGUGGAUCGUGAUCAGCGACCAGUGCUAGUGCACUGCUCAGAUGGCUGGGACCGCACCCCCCAGAUUGUGGCAUUGGCUAAGCUCUUGCUGGACCCUUAUUACCGAACCAUAGAGGGUUUCCAGGUCCUCGUGGAGAUGGAGUGGCUGGAUUUUGGUCACAAGUUUGCUGAUCGGUGUGGUCAUGGGGAGAACUCUGAUGAUCUCAACGAGCGCUGCCCAGUGUUUCUGCAGUGGCUGGACUGUGUGCAUCAGCUUCAGAGGCAAUUUCCUUGCUCUUUUGAGUUCAAUGAAGCAUUCCUUGUGAAACUGGUGCAACAUACCUAUUCCUGCCUCUUUGGAACAUUCCUGUGCAACAACGCCAAGGAGAGAGGGGAAAAGCAUACUCAGGAACGGACAUGCUCUGUGUGGUCGCUGCUUCGGGCAGGCAACAAGGCUUUCAAAAACCUACUGUAUUCCUCUCAGUCAGAAGCCGUGCUGUACCCCGUGUGCCAUGUGCGUAACCUGAUGCUGUGGAGUGCAGUGUACCUGCCCUGCCCAUCCCCGUCCACCCCUGUGGAUGACAGCUGUGCACCAUACCCAGCCCCUGGCAGCAGCCCUGAUGAUCCACUCCUGAGCCGGCUACCAAAGACUAGAUCAUUUGACAAUCUGACCACAGCCUGCGACAACACGGUGCCUCUAGCCAGCCGGCGCAGUAGCGACCCAAGCCUGAAUGAGAAGUGGCAGGAGCACCAGCACAGGCGCUCCCUGGAGUUAAGCAGCCUGGCUGGUCCUGGAGAGGAGCCGCUUGAUCCCGACAGCCUGGGCAAGCCAACCAAAGUGCUGGGAGGCGCAGAACUAUCUGUUGCAGCUGGAGUGGCCGAGGGGCAGAUGGAGAACAUUUUGCAAGAGGCCACCAAAGAGGAGAGUGGGGCAGAGGAGACUGUCCAGAGGGGGGGCGUCCUGAUGCAGGAGGUCACAGAGGAGGCUCUCUUAGAAAAGGAAAGCAGGGCGCAGGCCCCUGAGGACUCAGGCAUUGUCCUUCCUCAAGCACCACCGCUGGAUCCUGCUGUUCUGAGGAGCCCUCCAGGCAUCGGUCUUCCUGAUGAGCAGGGCGGGCACAGUGUUCUUCCCAGCACUCUCCAGGAGCCCCCCAUGGGAGAGGGGGUACUGGAGGUCCCUGUAGAACAGCCUCAAAUAGGAGAUAUCGCAGAGGAGAGGGAGGAGGCAAUGACUACAAUCCCAGUUGAUGAAAAAAUUGGUUAUGGUACCUCAGAGUCAAGUUCUCCGCUGCUCUCGCAAGUCCCAUUUGAGGGCAGAGGACCAAACAUAGACAGCUCUUUGGACAUGUUAAUGGAAGAUAAAGUGAAGUCAGAAAGUGGGCCUCCUCAUAGACCUUUCCUGGUAAACAGUGGCAGGCUCAGUGGCAAGGACGUGCUUCCUCAAGCUGUAGAACCCAGGCCUCCAGAGAAGAGCCUGGCCGAGAGGCCCCAAGUGGGAUCUGUGGUGCAGAGGACUUCCCCUGGCAGCACCCACAGCCCAGCACGUUCUCCUUGUGCCUUGCCUGUAGCUGAAUGUAAAGAGGGACUUGUGUGCAACGGUGUCCCAGAGACUGAAAAUAAGGCCUCCGAGCAGCACCCAGGGCUUAGCACCCUCCAGGAGUACCCCACCCCCAACGGGCAUUGCGCCAAUGGGGAGGCUGGUAGGAGCAAGGACUCACUGAGCUGCCAGCUCUCUGCUAUAAGCGGCAGCUCUGCCCACUUACACUCGAGGAACUUGCACCACAAGUGGCUACAUAGCCAGACAGGGAGGCCACCUGCAACGGGCAGCCCUGACCAGCCGUCUCGCAGCCACCUGGACGACGACGGCAUGCCCGUGUACACGGACACCAUCCAGCAGCGCCUGCGUCAGAUCGAAUCCGGCCACCAGCAGGAAGUGGAGACCUUGAAGAAACAAGUCCAGGAGCUGAGGAGUCGCCUGGAGAGCCAGUACCUGACCAGCUCCCUGCGCUUCAACGGGGAUUUCGGGGACGAGGUGACUUCAAUCCCCGACUCGGAAAGCAAUCUGGAUCAGAACUCUUUGUCUCGCUGCAGCACAGAGAUUUUCUCUGAAGCCAGCUGGGAGCAGGUGGAUAAACAGGACACGGAGAUGACGCGUUGGCUCCCUGACCACCUGGCUGCCCACUGCUAUGCGUGUGACAGCGCCUUCUGGCUCGCCAGCAGGAAACACCACUGCAGGGACACUGACCGUGUUGAUCAAACGUGGAAUUGUGGGAAUGUAUUCUGCUCCAGUUGUUGUAAUCAGAAGGUUCCAGUUCCCAGCCAGCAGCUCUUUGAACCCAGUCGAGUAUGCAAGUCUUGCUAUAGCAGCCUACAUCCCACGAGCUCCAGCAUUGACCUUGAACUGGAUAAGCCCAUUGCUGCCACUUCAAACUGAAGCUACGUGACCUGGGGCAGGCAGAGGCCAAGCUGCUGUUCCUCUGACAGGCCCAUGCAGCCUGGCAGACCGAGAGGCCCGUGCACUUUGGAAUGGGGGCUUGGAACCACCUGUGCAGAGUGACAGAAAUUUGGGAUGUACCACUGGAUUGUAGAUUGAUUUUUCUUUCCUGUUUUUUUUUUUUUUAAUCUCCCCUUUCCAUGCUCCCCUGGUUGUCUUGAGGG